AGAAAGGUGAGCGGGGUAGACAGGUAAAGGUGAGCUUUUCCGUCGCGCCUACUAUCUAGGAAAGCAGCACCGAUGUUUUGUUGAGUCUUUUGUUUCUCCAUUUUGAGCUGACUGCGUAAUCGAGAAAAUGGUGAAGCAAAAGAAGGAGUCACAAAAUCGGCCUGACAACACUGCUUUCACCCAGCAGAGGCUUCCGGCAUGGCAGCCCAUGCUCUCUGCUGGCAUUGUCAUCCCAGGGUUUGUCCUCAUUGGCCUGGUCUUCAUUGGCAUUGGCGUCGCUCUCCUCGUCACUUCACAGAGCAUCACAGUGUUGGAGAUCGACUACACUGGCACUAACCAAACCUCACCAUGCUUCAUGUGCUCUAACCCAGAUGUCAAGAACUGUGUGUGCAAGGUGGACUUCUACAUUGACAGUCUAUUUCAGGGGCCAGUGUUCUUUUAUUAUGGUUUGUCCAACUACUUCCAGAACUACAGAAAGUAUGGCGUGUCCAAAGAUGAUAACCAGCUGUCUGGAGACCUGAGUUACUUUACUUCACCGAGUAACUCCUGUGCUCCCUAUAUGUAUGACAGCAGCAACAAACCAAUUGUACCGUGUGGAUCUAUAGCAAACAGCAUGUUCAAUGACACCUUCACACUGUUUCAGUAUGUCAAUGGGUCAAAGACUCUGGUUCCCUUUGAUGGAAAAGGGAUUGCUUGGUGGACAGACUACAACAUCAAGUACAGAAACCCCACGGUCACACCUCUGAAAAACGCAUUCAACGAUACUGUUAAGCCCAUAUUUUGGUCCAAGGCUGCUUACGAUUUGGACCCCUCAGACCCUUCUAACAAUGGCUUCACCAAUCAAGAUUUCCUGGUGUGGAUGAGGAGGGCAGCCCUGCCAAAUUUCAGAAAGCUGUAUCGACGAAUUGAUCAGAGUACUUAUGCAAAUGGUCUGCCACCUGGAAACUACUCCCUUGAAAUUGCCUACAACUAUCCCGUUCAGACUUUUAACGGGGGAAAGAAGGUGAUACUUAGCAACGUGUCCUGGAUGGGUGGCAAGAAUGAGUUCCUGGGCAUUGCCUACCUCGUGACUGGUUCACUGUGUGUUGUCAUGUCCAUAGUCAUGCUCAUUGUCUAUGCUAAAUUCAAAUUCCCUGACGAAGAAUGAGUUCCUGGUCAUGUACUGGUUGGCUGGGGGUUUAUCUACCCUAUAAACAUUUUUUCUUUUUUCCUUUUUACUCAAUGGGAUGAUGAAAGCACAGUACAGUGCUCUCAAAAGUGGGAGUAUACAGCUAGAAUCCACAUAUGAACUGACAUUUUAUGUGUUAUUCUGGACAUGAAAGGUCCUCUAAGGUGCAGAAGAAGCCUGGUGUCAUUUUUGUGAGGCAGGACUUGACACUGGAGUUACCAUAUUGACUGCAAAAUAGGAACUGGCUUUGCAGGCACUGUUGGAUGAUUGCCAAUGUGGGUACAUGUACUUGUCUGUAAGCAUAUCUGUGAAGGUAGACUCUCCUGAGUGCACUGCAAAGUCAAUUAGCAUUCAUUGCUAGUGGAUCAGCUGCAAGAAGUGUUUUCUUGUCAUCACAAAUUUGAGUGAUUAUUAGGGAAGUGUCAUUGCUAACGCCAAUUCCAAAAUCAUAAUAUUGUUAAUUCUAUUGUAAAUAUAUCUAUACUUUAUUAUUGGCCUCCACUGUGAAUAUGCAGUGUGCGCAGGCUGAUAUUUAGUGGACAAAAGUACACAGACACCCUAGUGUACUCUUGUUUAUGCAGUUUAUGCUAGUCUAGUUUAUUUUACAAUACUUGGAUUUUGCAGGGUGUUUCUCUCAGGCUUCUUAUACUGUACUUAAAUGUUUGCAUUCAUAAUUACAAAAUGAGCUGCCUCCUCAUUCAAGGCCAGUAGUUACAUUAAAGCCAUACAUGAUUUGAUUAGCCAAUUUAUACUGUAGAAAAAGUUACUUUUAAUGUGUGUGAGAUGUGUAGCUUAGCUUGGAAAUAAUGGGGUCAAUGUGGUUAAUCUCUGGUGUACAGCCUUUGCAAACUCAUGUUGUCUUCUAUGCUCUGAGAUUUUAUUUCAUGUUUAUUUAUUUAAUAAAACAACAUCAAAACCAUA